AUGAGUGAGAUAAAGAAAGGGCCAUGGAAAGAGGAAGAAGAUCAAGUGUUGAUUAAGCAUGUCAAGAAGUAUGGUCCAAGAGAUUGGAGCUCCAUUCGAUCCAAAGGUCUUUUACAGCGUACUGGAAAGUCUUGUCGUCUUCGCUGGGUUAAUAAACUUCGACCUAACUUGAAAAAUGGAGUGAAGUUUUCAGCAGAAGAGGAAAGGACUGUGAUUGAACUUCAGGCACAAUUUGGGAACAAAUGGGCACGAAUUGCUACGUAUAUGCCUGGAAGAACUGACAAUGAUGUCAAGAAUUUUUGGAGUAGCCGGCAGAAGAGAUUGGCUAAGAUUCUACGAAACUCAGUGCCACAGCCUAGUAAACCACAAAAGAAUAUCAGCAAAGAAGCCCCUGCUCUCCCCAAAGUUCCCUCACUAGAGGAACCAAAACUGAACUCAUCCGUAGAGGAAAGAUCUUUGGUCGUGUCCCAGCAUUGCUCAUCAUCCUAUACGAAUAACUUUGACACAAUCAACAUGGUCCCAUUGUCAGAGCUAGUGAACUCAAUUUCACUUCCUUUUGAUCAAGAACUGCCUCCACUUGAGUUCACUCCUAAUGAGAAGAGAAUCUGCAUCUGGCCGCAGUUUCCGCUCCCUUUUCCUCACAUUCCAGUCCAAACCAACUUUGGUCAACCACUUGAACAUCAAGAAUUACCCAUGAAACUUGAGGACAAUGACUUGUUAGAUUAUUUUGGGCAGUUCAGUGCUUCCGACAUAGGAGGAAAUGUGCAAGUCCCUCUUGCUCCUUCGUGUUCAUCAGGACAAGAUCAGAGAGAAUUGGAGUACCCCCUUACCCCAGAUAGCUUCAUCGAUGACUUCCCCUUGGACAUGUUCGAUUAUAUUGAUCCACUGCAAAGCCCAUCUGGUUGGUGA